AUCCAACAUCCACUCUUUAUUCCGACGUGUGGAGAAUAUUGCCAGCACCUCUUUGUUGGGAGUGGCAUUGAACUUUUGAGAUGAAAUUUGAUGAAACGGAAGCGUACCAGAGCGGUUACUCAGAGGCCACAAAGAGACCUUAUGGAGUGUAUUGUGUAAAGGCCUUAUAAUGACGGUAUAAUCCACAUCCAACGUGAACAACGAGGUGAGAAAAAGGAUCCAUCUGGAAGGAAUUGGAGAUUGUUGAAUGAAGAAUAACAGCAAAUUAAUCAGUACAGGACUAUGAGAGUACCAACCUAAUUGAAUCCUUCAAAGGGCUUUCAUAGAUGAACAAUUGAGUAAGUGUUUCUUUCUGGAAUCUGGAACAACUGUAACCAUUAUGGUUAAAAGUUCAAGUGGAGGAGAAAUUCCAGUUGCUUAAAAAAAUGAAAAUGGGCAUGUGCAGGUUCACAAGAUUCUUGAAAACAAGAGGGCCGCUUGCUGCACGAGUUUUCAUCUGAUGAAAACAAAUGGCGACAAAUCGAUCGAAAGAAAAAGCAGCAGUGAACCAGACAGAACAAUCAAUUGCAAAGUUGGAGAGAAUGUUGUUCACACUACAAACAGCAGUGAUGUUCAGGAAAGACCGUGGAUAAUAAUAAAACUAUCCAAAUGCAUUUGGCUGAUGGAGGAGGACCAUGCUCUGGCAGAGUGGAGCUCCUUGUCAACGGCACUUAGGGCGCAGUUCAUAACGAUAACUGGGAUCUGCUCGAUGCGAAAGUUGUCUGCAAACAAAUGGAAUGCGGGGCAGCCAGACUGGCGCCUCUUGGGGCCCAUUUCGGAGCCACUGCUGCCCCCUUUUGGUUGGAUGACGUUGAGUUCAGAGGCACAGAGUCUAUUCUAAUCCAGUGCCUCGCAAAUGCUUUGGGAAAACACAACUGUGGCUCUGGCGAGGCAGCCUCUGUUAUUUGCAUAGCUCUUGGCCUUUCUACACCACUUCAAACAGUCGAAGCCAGUGAGACAAGUCAACAGGAGUCAAAGCAAACACAAAGGGAACAAAGACCAUCCAACUGAUUUCACUGUCCUUGGAGAAACAUGAUUCUCGCCUCAAAUAUUCUUGGGAUCAUUUAUCUCCAUACAAUGGUUGGACAAUACACAGAUGACAGAUUACCGAAACCAACAUUAACUCACAUUCCAGCCUUCAGAGUCUUCUUACCAGGAGAAUCAAUAACCUUGAAUUGCUCCUGUAAAGCUCCCACCAUGAGGAUUCACUACAACAGAAAUGGACACAAUUGUCACUACAAGGACACUGAUGCGAAACAGAGUGAAAAAUAUCACAAAGUCACAGCAGGGAGGGAAAAUAUGGAGACUUACAGUUGUGAAUGUUUACUCAGUGAGAAUGGGCAAUGGGUUUACUCAGGGCACAGCAACCAGGUUCACCUAAACAUUCAAGAUCACCCCAUAGCCCCGAGUAUCUCAAUGGAUCCAUUCGAUGGUGUGGUUUCUGUGGGGCAGAAGGUUAAAAUAACCUGCCAAGGGGAGAUCCGUGCCAAAGGGGGUACAUUUUACUUGCACAGAAACAAAACAGAAGCACCUGUACUUUCCCGUAACACUUCUGGCACUGAGCAAACUGUGAUUUUCACCAUCGACAUCGGAAACAGUCAAACUGCUGGCAAUUACAGAUGUGAAUAUCAAACUGAAAUUGAAGGACGGAUGGCAGUUUCACCAUUUAGCAAUGAAGUAAAGAUCAUCUUCAGAGAGUCGAGCACCUACUUCCCGCUGUAUGCAAAGCUGGGGUGUGCAGCCGUGAUACUCCUUCUACUGUUAGUCACAGUUACAUGCUUCUUAAUUGCCAAGAGAAGGAAAGCAAGUUGCCAAAAUACUGAGAGCCCUGUGACAUUCGCAAGCGGAGCAGUGAUUCAAAAAAAUGAUUCUAACAUGUGUCUCUCUUCUGAGCCAGAGAGAAAUAAACUCAAUUCUGAAGAACCAGGAAUGGUACAGGAGGGGAUUACCUACGCAACACUGAAUAUGGAAAUACUCAGUCAUAACAAAGGCUCCUUGGUCCCAGCAGCAGGCAGCAAUUUGCCUUUCCAGAAGAAACAAAUUGGGGCACCACAAAGUGGAUAUCAAGACAUCACUUAUGCAUGUGUGAAUGUUUCUGGAGAUAGACUACAAUAAGUUGCAAAAUUGCAAUCGAUGAAACCUCAUUUUGACACACUGCUCCCAUUCAUUGGCCAAGAUACUGUGCUGAUUUCAAGUGUUGACUCUCAUGGAACCUUCAUGUUAUCAUUGUAAACCUUUUAAGCAUUAUAAUUUUGCAAGCUUAUCACGUAGCAGCAGUUUUCUCUGCAUUAGGGCAUUUUAUAGCUAUUUAUUUUGUACGAGCAUGUGCAGGUGUGUGUUACCCCAUUGGGCUGGGUGGCUGAUGAGAGAUGCCAAGCAGGGUGGUUUCAGUUCUUACACUGAGAUUUCAAAGUAGGUCUAGGCCUUUGCAACUUUGAAAGAUAAACAUAGCACCAGUCCUCUUUCUCUCCAUCUCUGUCUCUCUCUUGCUAACAAUCAAGUAGCCGAUGAUCUUCUGGGGAGAGAUGUGACUUUACUAAGGUUGGAAUGAGCAGAUAGAUUUGAUUUUAAAGAUACGCAGGUUUGAGAGUAGUGAUGUCAAAACCUGAAGAUUAACCAAAAUUUACACAAUGGAAUUUGCCUGUUUGGUGCACCCACUAUAAGGGGGAGUGGUGAGGGACUUUGAAUCUUUCAAUGAAUAGAGAAAUAUGGGAUAGAAAAGUGUUUUGGCGUUUUUCAAUAAAUUGGCUAUUGACAUUUUUUAAGCGACAAACAGUCAAGCUCUACCCUAAGACCUACCUGGUCCUUCUUCCUAGCGAUGAUUAGUUUUCAAUUUCUAAGCCCCUAAGAAAAUAGUUGGAUGUGAUCCUAUGAAGCCUUGCACGGUCUGAGCAAUGAAGGAAAGUGAGCCAAAUGCCUUCUUAACCAUCUUAAAUACCUGUGCUGCAACUUCCAAAGAACUAUGUGCCUGAACCCCUAAGUCUCUCUGUUCAACAACACUACCCAGGGUUCUACCAUUACUGUAUAAGCCCUGGCCUUAUUCAUCUUACCAAAAUACAAAGCUUUGCAUUUAUCCAAAUUAAACUCCAUCUGACCUCCUUUGCCCAUUGGCCCAAUUGAAUAAGAUCUCUUUAUAAUCUUAGAUAAGCUUCUUCCUCAUUGACUGUAAUACCAAUUUUGGUGUCAUCUGCAAAUUUACUCACCAUGCCUGCUAUAUUUUCAUUGUCCUUUGUUCAACAAUAUUCACUAGUGAUACCAAUAAAGAAUGGCCUAGUCCUGUUCUUAUGUUUGCUCAGAUUUUUCUGAGUUCAUGGGCGGGGACUGGGUGUGUGGGGGCAGAAUGUGUGCAUGGAGUUGGAAACCCAGGCAGAUUAAUCAUCAUUCUAAUGAGCCAUAGGACAGGCUUGAGGGACCAAAUGGUCUACUUCUGCUCUUAUUUUGGACAUUUUUGGUGAACAGGAUUAGAUAUGUAUGCAAUGCAAAGUGAGCUAACUCUGCACGCAAGGUAUUUCAGAUCUCUUAGAAAAAUGUCCACAGAAAGUUAGAGUCUCUGUCAAACAUCUGGCUGGAACAAUAGCCAGUCCACGUUUAAUGCUAACCACCUCCUUUCGAGCAAAAAUCCCACUCCUUGAGGUCACGUUCAAAUUGCCAUCUCAGCAACUGGUAGCCAAUUGAGCCAAGCACAAAAAGAGAUGAGAAGAAAAUAUGCCUGACCUUGCAAAAAAAUCCUGCCAAAUAAAAUGGGACUUUUCCGUCUGCAAUUGAAAA